GAGGAAUUCUCUUUCUGCUUCACUUUUGACACCCAGCUGACUCAUUCAGAUAAAAAUUGUUUUGUGUUUUGCAAUUUGUGAUAAAAUUUCAGUUUCUGUGCCGAAAUAAGUUGUGGAACGCCUUCAAAAUGACCAUGAAUAUUUACAUGUCUCAAAUAUCACAACUUCUAACGUACAUGAGCUCAGAUGAGCUAAAGGAUCUCCUGAACAGCGACGAUAAAAUCGAUGACCGUGUGAAUGAUGCCACAAAGAGUCUGGAGAAGGAAAAGGAAGAGAUUAUGCUGGAGAAUCGCUUGAAGGCAGAAGAGAAUCUUGGACGAGAACCUCAUUUGAUUGAACUCCGUGGGCGAGUGAAUGAUCUUUCUCAGGAGGGGAAGUCCCUCUACGAGACAGUGGAACAGAAGCUCAGUGAAAUAAAAUCCAAAUCAGGCAGUAUGUCUCAAGAUACUGCCCUUGCUCUCCUCCAGACAGCUGCUGCUGAGAGUGAGGAAGAGUCCGAGGGUAUUGUUAAGCAGUUCAUGGACAACGAGAUUAACGUGGAUAGCUUUCUCGAGGCAUUCCAGGCAGCCCGGAAGACGAUGCACCUACGGAAACUCAAAGCAGACAAAAUGUCUGAUUUGAUGAGGAAUAGUGGGCCAAAUACGGCUGGAUUUGGGUAUCCCGGUUACCCAGUAGCGGGAUCUGUGCCAUACCCAACGGGUCCUAUGCCUAUGCCGAUGCCAGGAUUCCGACACUUCUAGGAAGUUUGCCAUCCUUCCACAUUAUUUUUAUAUAGAACAAAAUAAGCUAAAAUAAUCUCUAUUGAAGAAGUAUUUACAUCAAUUAA